AUAUUUUUAAAUAACCCGAGAAGCCAGGCAUAUUAUCUGACUUUUAUCAUCCAUAAACUAUUAUGUCAAAACGAGGACACGCUGGUUCUUCUGGGGCAAAAUUUAGGAUUUCUUUAGGAUUGCCAGUUGGCGCCGUUAUUAAUUGUGCAGAUAAUACUGGGGCAAAAAAUCUCUACAUUAUAUCAGUUCAUGGAAUUAGAGGUAGGUUAAAUCGUUUACCCUCUGCCUCAGUAGGAGAUAUGGUUAUGGCAACAGUCAAAAAGGGAAAACCAGAGUUAAGAAAAAAAGUUAUGCCCGCCGUUGUUAUUAGACAAAGAAAACCCUAUAGAAGGAAAGAUGGUACAUUUAUAUACUUUGAAGAUAGUGCAGGUGUUAUAGUUAACAACAAAGGAGAAAUGAAAGGUUCUGCAAUUACUGGUCCAGUAGCUAAAGAAUGUGCCGAUUUAUGGCCAAGGAUUGCAUCUAAUGCUAGUAGUGUAGCCUAACUGAUUAUUUAUAAAACCAAUUAUAUGAUAUGUCAAAUAAACUUAUUUAAAUGUCUAUCUUUAAUAACAAAGUUGCACAUAAUCAUUUUGUUGAGUCUACUAUGUUAAUAGAUAAUAUCAUGCAUAAAGUU